GAGAGUGACGUAACCAGACCCAGCGCCUGGUGGAUUCCCUCCGCCCGCUCUCCGUAGCCGGAAGUCCUCGCGGAAGUCCUACUUCCGUUUCCGCCGGUGGUGGCGAUGGCGCGAAGGAGCGGCCGGAGCGGGAGGGCGGCCGCCGCGGGCCCGUUCCAGGAGAGCGACGAGGACGAGGACUUCGCCGCGCCGCCGAAGAGGGCCCGCCCCGCCGGGAGGAGAGUUCCCCUGGAUGAGAAAGUUUUCCAGAGAGACUUGGAAGUUACCUUAGCCUUGUCACUGAACGAAUAUGUGGGAAACAAAGAUAAAACACGGGAAAAAGAUCGCCUUGCUGAACCAAAGGCAGCCGCUCAGGAUUUCAAACAGGAAGCUGUGAUAUCCACGCCGGAGACGGACAAUGAUGAAAACCUCCGGGCUGAUCAGGAAAACUCUCAGCCACAUUUGGAAAUGGAAUUCGGUUCUUCGGAAUCCGUUGGGAAGCCUUUGAAGACCUCAAGCCCUGCAGUGGCCAAGAUGCCCAGAUGGACACCCCCAGGUGCCUCUGGAAGCAAGGCCACCUUGUUGGGAAGAGCUCCGGUUAAAUCACCAGUUCAGGGUCUCCGCCUCGGCCUCUCCAGACAUGCCAAAGUGAAGCCCUUGCACCCACAUUGUGCUGGGACUUAAGAGUGCUUAGGCUGGCACGAGAAGGCUGCAGAUUGAGGUGGGAACGGAGGAAAGAUCUUGUUUUUUAAAAAUAGGGAACCUGGGCAAGCAAUAAAGGCAUUCCAGUCUGGAAAAGGUUUUGCCUUCUAAAACUGAGUUUUGUAAAACGGGACUCUUGUCCCUUAAAAUAUCCAGUCACAAUGCCAUGGGUUCAUUUACUGUCCCUUAAAAUAUCCAGUCAUAAUGCCAAGGAUUUAUUUACUAUCCCUUGAAAUAUCCAGUCAUAAUGCCAAGGAUUUAUUUACUGUCCCUUGAAAUAUCCAGUCAUAAUGCCAUGGAUUCAUUUACUGUCCCUUGAAAUAUCCGGUCAUAAUGCCAUGGGUUUAUUUACUGUCCCUUGAAAUAUCCAGUCAUAAUGCCAUGGUUCUAUCUUCCCCUGAAAUGCUCGAAAGAUUUGACCCAGUCAAAUCAGAUUCAACCUGUUUGGCCAAUUCUGGCUUAUGAGGAUUGCGUAACCAGCCACAUAGGACAAUUGACGUAUGACAAUCCGGUCAUAUAUUGUCCAUCUAGAGCGGUGGUUUUUGUUUUUGUUUUUUUCAACCUUGGCAACAUUGAGAGGUGUGGACUUCAACUCCCAGAAUUCCCUGCAGGCUGGGCUGGGGAAUUCUGGGAGCUGAAGUCCACACAUCUUAAAGUUGCCAAAGUUGUGAAACACCAGUGUAGAAAGUGUGUUUUAAAAUCACUCUAAAGAUAGCAUACCAGGGGGUAGGGUGGUGUUCCUCCUUAAUUUUACUUAUAAUAGAAAAAGCAGUCAUUGCUAUCAGCUUACAACUGUUGUUUUCCUGAUCCAUCAAUACACGUUCAGCUUCUAGUCCAGGGGCCUUUGAACUUGGCCCUUUGAUGACUUGUGGACUUCAACUCCCAGAAUUCCUCAGCCAGGCACGCGUGCCUGGCUGAGGAAUUCUGGGAGUUGAAGUCCACAAGUCAUCAAAGGGCCAAGUUCAAAGACCCCUGUUCUAAUCCUUGCAAGCAUCACUCUCUGUUUGAAUGAGAUACUGGAUAUAGUGAUGAAAUAUAUUUAUCAUUGUGAUUUUUUAGACAAUGAAAUAAAAAAAAAUUAGAAAAAAAAA